AUGUUAGAACGUUGGUCUCCACAAGUAUUUCAAUACACUCUUCGUGGUGGAAAUUAUGGUGUUUAUUGUUUGGUGGCAUCAUCAAUGAUUCAUCUUGUCAACAUGUCUUCUCCUGAUUUAAGAUUUUCAAAACCUGCACAUGAUAAUUUAUUAAGGACAUUGAACGUUUUAAAAAUUUGCGUAGAUCAUAGUUCUGCACGAGAAUUACGUGAUAAAGUACAUGGGUUGGAGGUGGCAUUCUCGGCUCAACAAUCAUUAGGUUUAAUGUUUAAUGGUGGUGUACCA